AUGACUCCAUCACGACCCAACAUAAUCUUUGUCAUGGCUGACGAUCACGCAUCGAAAGCCAUAUCAGCCUACGGCGCAGGCAUCAACCACACGCCAAACAUCGACCGGCUGGCAACCGAGGGCAUGAAGUUGAACCACUGCUACGUCACCAACAGCAUCUGCACGCCCUCCCGCGCCGCGAUCCUCACGGGGACGCACAACCACGUCAACGGGGUCAUGACGCUCGACUCCAAGCUCAACAAGCACCUCCCCAACGUGGCCAAGCACCUCCGCACGGGCGGGUACCAGACCGCCAUGGUGGGCAAGUGGCACCUGGGCGAGGGCGCGGCCCACGAGCCCAGCGGGUUCGACUACUGGAGCGUCCUCCCGGGCCAGGGCGACUACUGGGACCCGCGCUUCAUCGACGCGGACGGGCCGCACGACCUCACCGGCUACGCGACGGACAUCAUCACGGAGAAGACGCUUGGUUUUAUCAAGGCGCGGGACAAGUCGCGGCCCUUCUUCGUCAUGUGCCACCACAAGGCCCCGCACCGCAGCUGGGAGUGCCACGACAAGCACAAGCACCUGUACCGCGACAAGAUAAAGGUCCCGGACACCUUCACGGACGACUACAAGCACCGCGCGAGGGCCGCCGCGGCAGCCAAGAUGCGCGUCGCCGAGGACAUGACGUACUUUGACCUCGGGCUCGCGCAGCCGGACGGCGGGCGGGACAAAGGGGAGAGGGUGUUCUCGGCGCUGGGGUUCUCGCAGCGCAAGGUGCCCGCGCCGACGGGCGAGGCGCUGAAGGACUUCAAGCUGGUCGACGUCGAGGACGGGACGGUGUUCCGGUUCGCGGACGAGGCGGAGCUGGCCGAGUUCAAGUACCAGCGGUACAUGCGGCGGUACCUGCGGACGAUCCAGUCCAUCGACGACAGCGUGGGGGAGAUCCUGGACUACCUGAAGACAGAAGAGGGCGGGGAGCUGGACAAAAACACGGUUGUUGUUUACACGUCCGAUCAGGGCUUCUUCCUCGGCGAGCACGGGUGGUUCGACAAGCGGUUCAUGUAUGAGGAGUCGUUCCAGAUGCCGUUUUUGAUCCGGUACCCUGCUGGGAUCAAGGCCGGGAGCGUGUGCGACGACAUCGUCAGUAAUGUCGACUUUGCACCGCUGUUCCUCGACUUUGCGCGGCUGAAGGUGCCGAGCUACAUGCAGGGGGUGUCGUUCAAAAGGCUUUUGCAUGGGAAGACGCCUGAUGAUUGGCAACAGGUCGCGUACCAUCGAUACUGGAUGAAUAAUGACAGCAUCCACGCGGCGAGGGCACAUUAUGGGGUCAGGGACCAGAGGUAUAAGUUGAUCUACUGGUACAAUCAGGACCUGGGAGUGCCUGGCGCGCGCCCGCCCAACGAGGGCGAGGAAGAAAAGGAGUGGGAACUGUUUGACUGCAAAGAGGACCCUCUGGAAUUAUUCAAUGUUUAUAGUGAACCACAGUAUGGCGACGUGGUCAGGCGGAUGACGUUGUUACUGGAACGGAAGAUGGCGGAGAUUGGUGACGAGCCUGUGCAUGAGAGCAGCACUGUUGAGGAGUCAUUCCUUGCCAACUCGACGCUGCACAUAGAUGUUCAGUGGUAA